CUGCGGAUAAUGUUAAGGCCCUUCCUGGUGUGGCUGAGGCGUGGGUCACCGCCACUCCCCCGGUCCUAGGGAUGGGGGCGCAGGUGGCUGCUGUGUAGUUCGCAGGGGCUUUCUCCUGCCUCCCUAGGGGAUGGGCUGGGGGGGGGGUCAGUCUCUCUCUCCCCUACCCCCUGUUCUGGAGAUGGGGGGAUGCUGGUUGAAACAGCAGGAGUUACUCUCCUCGGGGAACACUUUAAUAAAGCUGAAAUACCAUUUUACGGGAGAAUAAACGUGAAUCCCUGGCGGGGAUGCUUUGGAGAAUGCAGAAUUGUAGGUGAUGACGAUAGAGGGAAACUCUUUACUCCAGAGCAAUAUGAAGAAUACAAAAGAAAAAUGUUACCAAUACGAUUACAGAACAGAUUGUAUGUGAGCUGGAGAUCCCCAACUGGAAUGGACUGUAAACUUGUGGGCCCGGAGACACACUGUUUUUGUACCCAUAGGUAUAAACAACACAAAACAGAUUAUGAAGAGAUUCCAAAAGAUCGUCCUAUUUGUGUACCCUGUCGAGUGAACCGUUGCCAGUGCAAAUCCUAUCACUAUGUCCCGCUAAAUGGCACUCAGCCCAUUCGUUGUAGAUGCAAGCACUUUGCUGAUCAGCACAGUGCAGCACCUGGAUUUUCCUGUAACUCCUGUUCCAAAUGUUCAGGAUUUCACAGCUGCUUUACCUGUGGGUGUGGUCAGCCAACAUAUGCGCAUGAAACGGUUGUGGAAACUAAACAAGAUCGCUUAGCCCAGGGAAAACCUGUGGGGCAAGAUGUUCCUUAUGCUGCAAUGGGAGGAUUAACUGGCUUUAGUUCACUGGCUGAAGGCUAUAUGAGACUUGAUGACAGUGGAAUAGGGGCACCCUCUGCUGAAUUUCUAGAGUCACCUAGUAGUGGCAUGGACCAUCCAUUUCUAAAAGCAUUCCAAGGCCCCUCCAGUUCUGCACAAGCCAGCUCACAAUUAACAGGUGGUUCUAGUGCAGCAAAGCAAGUUUCUAAUUUAAGGAGUUCUGAAGAAGAUGACAUGGCUUACUUUGAAAAACAGUACCAGGAACGGCUGAAAAAGGAGAAGGCUGCUAAACAGAAAGUUAAAGGUCCGCUGCUAUCAAAGAAUCCAUGAAGAUUAAUGAAACAAAGGAGUUUUUGUAAUACAGAAUUGUUUAUCAUUAUAUUUAAGGGUAUUUUCAUGGUGUUUAUUGCACACACAUAUUUUCUAGUUUCUCAAUAUUAACACUGCUGUAUUAAAGUAUUGAUGAAAUUAAUUUAAAAAUACUUGGUGAUUCUGGUUCUUUCAAAUAAAAUUGUUACUUUCU